UCUUCUUGUAUGCUUAGGGUCACCAGACCCAUGUUCUGCUAAUACCAUCUCAUCAUCGAGCCACCUUUUCGCCUUGCCUUGCCUGGCUGUACCAUCUCUUUCUGCCGUCGUCCCACAAGCUCUCGACGAGGCGGGAGAGCUUCUGAAAGCCAACUUCUUCUUUGUGCCGGGCCGUACAGACCCCAAGGCGAAUAUAUCCCUCCAGGCUGUCCAUCGCUACCCGUGGACUCGGAUCCCCGAUGGCCACAUUCGUACAGCCGCCAUGCUCUCCCUCUAUGGGAGAUCCCGGUCGGAUGAGUACCGCUUCCCCGAUGUCUGGAAACAUUAUGCCAUACCAGGCCACGCCAAAUCAAUUAACGGACAGUUCGUUCUUCGACGAAGCAAUUGAUACGUCCUCGGUCUCGAUAGCAUGGGGCCUUGAUAUUUCAGAACAACAGCCCCAUUGCAGCGCCGCACCGGCCCAGACCACGGAGUCAAAGGGACUCCGGGAUGGUGGAACCUUGCAAGACAUAUUGCCGGGCGCCGAGGGCAACGAUAAACCGGCCAACCGGCUUCGCAACCGGAGACAAUCGCGACCAUGUUCGGCGCCUUCGGAAAACAGCGCCACUGCGGUGGUUGUAGAGUCGCCUAAGCCAAGAAAAUGCGGUCGGAAACUCAAGAAACUGUCCAAAGGAUCGGAUCCAACAGGGCAGCAGGAGGAGCUCGAUGAUGACGACCUCCCCAAGAAUCCCCACCGAAGACGCAUCCCCGAACGUAACCGAAUCGCUGCCACCAAAUGUCGUCUCCGCAAACGUGACGAAGCUUCAGCCCUUGCUUCCCGGGAACGAGCCAUUGAAGACCAGAACCGCUACCUCUCUUCGUGUUUUGACUCCCUGACUACCGAAAUUUACUAUCUAAAGACGGAAAUGUUACGGCACACCGACUGCAACUGCGUUCUCAUCCAAGCAUACAUUGCCAACGAGGCAAGGAAGUCCGUGGACAGCUUGCUUGCUUCUUCUUCAGCUUUGAAUGCCUAUGGCGGCUCUAUGAGUCCUGAAUAUGUAGGCUCAAACGGCACCAGCACUACUGGCUCUUUGACUGCUCAAAGCCCGGGGGCGGUUAGCAUCUCGCCGGCCUGGACGACCCCCUUGUAUCAAAGGCCGAGGACUUCAGAGGUUAGGGAUGGCAGGCUCGACAUGAGUUUAGAACCGCUGCCAAAAGCUCACAUGCCGCAUAAUUCGAUGGCGCCUGUCCAGACCAUUCCGGGUGUGCCUCUCGCUGGAUGUGUUCCGGGGUUAUAUAUGAAUACAAGGCUGCAACAGCAGCCAGCGGAUGAGAUGGUUUGGGACUCCAACUGGAGUUUCGAUUAUGCCGACCACAUCGUAUCAUAAUGCUGUUGAGACGAGGAAAGAAAAAAUUGUGCACCGGUAACAGAAUUAAUUUGCUGGCCUGGAAUGGUCUUCAUUGAUCAAUGGGGCUCGCAAGGCUUGCUCUGGUUCCUCGUCAUUUUGUCCCAUAUGGAGUCAGAUAGCCUUUUCCGGCAGCUGGGCAACCAGCCGUAGGUCUUUUGUCCUUCUGUAUGCUAGGUGAAAUAUGAAACUUGUUACAAGUGAGC